UAUGUGAAGCAAGAGAGGCUUAGAGGAUGUGGUUUUCUAGCAUGCUGCCUUGUUUGACAUAUAUAUAUAUAUAUAUUACCUGUUAAUAGGACUCAUUUCUUUAUGAGUGUGGAAAAUAGUACUAAGUAGCAUUUAUGUAUUUCUCUGAACAAAAUUGGCUAUGGUCUUACAAGAAAGAAGGAGAUGUACUAAAAAUGUCCCUAAUUGGAUUCCUGAUGAACUUACAAGUGAUGGGGGAUGGAUAAAGACAAACCGUCAGACACAUCAAGGCAUGAUCGCCCACAGAGUAUUGAGCACGUACUGACACUCAUCAACAGUUUAGUCAAAGAGAAAAAUUUUCAAGACGCUUUAGAACACACAAACACUGCCUUAGCAAAGUACAAAAACAAUGAGAAAUUACAAGAAAAGAAGAUCAAAAUUCUGUGUCAUCAGGGAAGGUUUGAGGAGGCGUAUGAUUUAGCCAAGAACUGGAAAGAAGCAGAGCCACAGAAUGCUGUGGCAAUUAAAGAGUUUAGGAAGUUAAAGCGAGUGAUUCAAGUUUUGCGAGAUCAGGAUUCAGGAGAAGAAGAGGAGGAGGAAGAUGAGAAUAGCACCUUUACAUCAGACACUACACCACCCACAAACAUCACUCAAAAAGAGCCUAUCCCUAGUCCACCCAUAAAAGUGAUCCAUACCAUCAAUUCAAAGUCGGAGAACGAAGGUGCAUGUGCACUGAAUGAUGAAAAGGAUGAUGAAGAUUUUAGCUGUACAUUCUGUGACAUCAAGUUUGUAUCAUCCAGUGAGCUGGAGACUCACUGCAGGAGUGACCUGCACAAAAAAAGAAUCACAUCAGAUGAAGAUCAGAAUUGGAAGUAUAGAGUCCCCCCCAGAAAUUUGACCAGCGAAGAGUUCACGAUUUGUCGCAGUGUUUUAGACGCUGACUUGAAUCGCUUUGAAGAUACCAGAAAGUGUACAUUUGGGGACAAGUGUACUCAAGCACAUUCAAAAGAUGAACUGCAGGAAUGGAAAGAGCGUUUCAAGUUUCGGAAACAGCAAAUCAAACGAGCGCGAGACAAACAUCUCCAUGGCAACACGUAUGCAGAACAGCUGAUGGAAAAGUUGGUCAAUGCUGAAAACUCAAAAUCUGUGAUGAUUCAAAACGUGGAGUAUGCUAAAGUUCAUGUGAACUCUGAGUUAAAAGUGAAUAUGACCACCAAGAAGUGCACUAAUGCAUGGACAUUCACCAUCACCAGCAAGAGAAGUUUACAUCGGGUGACCUUGUUGGACGACACAAAUCGUACCUACUUCUACAUCGCCAGCAUAUCUGUGGGACCAAAAAAGACCCAAAAGUACCAGAAUCUGGAGACUCACUGCCAGGAAUGGGUCAAUCCAGACUACACAACACGACACUCUGGAGAGUACGUCUAUAGAGUCAAGGUUGUUUUCAAGACGGAUAUUUAUGGAACUUUCCGACAGACUCUGGUUUAUGACUUUGGAUUAGAGCCUGUUCUCAGUAGGGAGAUGCAAAUAGAGUCAGCACCCAUCACAGACAUAGAAAAACUCAGCAAAGAUCUAGUUCUCAGCGAGCAGGGCCGCUGGAAAGUUGAAAGUGUAGAUUUAGUCCCAUUUGAAAAUAAGCCAGUACCUGAAACAGAGGAGGAAAAACAGCUUUUGUCAAAAUACAGUUUACCUGAGGCAGACAAGUUCCGACUGUCAGAGCACCUGAUGCACCCACCCAGCAAAGAAACUUACAGGAUCUGGAUGCAUGAAAUGCUGUACAUUGAAGAGUGGGCUCAGAUGGAUCAUAUUUCUAGAUAUAACAUAAAGACUUCCCUGCAGCUUGUUAAUCGGUUUUUGCUUGUCCCUGGAUCUCUGACUGGAGCCAAGUAUGCUCAGGGUGGGGAACUGUUUGCACGCAUGAAGCUGGAUGAUGAAUUGUCGGAAGAUUCGGCUGGAGGACGUUUGAUUUUGAUGAGUUCAAGUGUAGCAUGGCUAGCCCCCUAUAAUCCGGAUGAUAAGAUGAUUUCUAGGCAGAAUAAAAAGGUCUACCAGGUACUUUUGGAAGACAAGGGAAAGAAUUUCAUAUUUCUGCGACUUCCAGAGAAAUGUGUAUCCGAGCUGAACUUAACGGGUGAUCAGGAAUUCCACGCGGAGAUCCAGUUUCAACUAAACCGAGUUCCCAUGUGUGAAAUGCAUUCAGCUAUUGAUCAGCUCCCUACCCUGGAUCUGGUGUUUCCCCCACCCCAGAGGAUCCCAACUUUGCCUUGGUUCCCAGAGGACAUGGAGUUCAGUGAAACAGUGAGUGAACGACUAAAUGAGAAGCAGAAGGCAGCGAUCCGGGGCAUCACUGCAGCAGGGGACAAGUGCCUCCCUCCACUGCUGCUGGUGGGACCCUGGGGGACGGGCAAGACAUACACUCUCGCGCAGGCAGCAAAGCACGCACUGGAAGUGGAAGAAAACAGGAUCCUCAUCUGUACCCAUUCUAACAGUGCUGCAGAUUUGUACAUUAAAGAUUUUAUUCACCCCAUUGUGAAAGAGGGCCACAUGGAUGCAGUGCCACUGCGUAUAUACUACCGUCAUCGGUGGGUUCAAACUGUUCCGGACGUGGUUCUGCAAUACUGUCUCCUAGAAAUGUCUGCCUCCCAGGGUAAUUUCAGAAUGCCAUCCCGAGAGGAGGUAGACAAACAUCGCAUCAUCAUCACCACGCUCAAAACUGCCCGAUAUUUAUGUGACUUAGACCUCCCUCAAGGGUACUUCAGCCAUAUAUUUGUGGAUGAGGCAGCCCAAGCUCUGGAGAGCGAGACUCUGAUUCCUUUGUCUCUGGCUGGCAGGACCACCAAAAUCAUUCUGGCAGGGGACCAUAUGCAGUUGAAUCCAGAAGUGUACUCGGACUUUGCCAAGCAGCAAGGCUUUCAAAAAUCUCUGCUGGACAGACUUUAUGAGCUGUACCCUGAUGACUGUCCAUGUAAAAUCAUGUUGUGUGAGAACUACAGGUCACAUGAGGCGAUUAUCGACUUUACUUCAGACCUAUUUUACGAUGGUAAACUAAUAUCAAGUGGGAACCAGCCCAAACAUCCUAGCUACUACCCCCUAACAUUUUUCUCCACUAGAGGUGAAGAUUUACAACAUGAGAACAGCACAGGCUUUUACAAUAUUGCAGAGGUCCAUGAAGUUGUAGACAGAGUGGAUGACCUUCAGAAAACCUGGCCCCCAGAGUGGGGUGAUAUAGAGGGCAAUAUUGGUGUAGUAGCUCCAUAUUCAGAUCAGGUGUUUCGGAUUCGUUCUGAGCUUAGGAAAAGAAAAAUGCAAAAUGUCAGUGUUGAGAGAGUGUUCAAUGUACAAGGUAAACAGUUUCGAGCUAUAAUUCUGAGCACUGUUCGGACUCGACAUACCUGUAGUUCGGACUCAUCCCAGGAGGAUGUAUAUGACUAUGGUUUCCUGUCCAACGUCAAACUGCUGAACACUGCUCUCACACGAGCCCAGUCCAUUGUCGUUGUUGUAGGAGACCCUCUGUCUCUCUGUCUUGUAGGAAAAUGCAGAAAAGUGUGGGAGUAUUUUCUAGAGACGUGUAAUGAACAAAACAGCUUCUUUGGCUUGAAAUUCAGUGUACUGAAGGCUCAGUUAAACAGUGCAGAACUAAGGAAGACGUAUGUCCUGAAUCCGCUGGCCCCGGAAUUCGUUCCCAAUCGUUUAUACCAUGUGACCAGUCAACACAACAUGGGAUCCGGAGGGGUGGGUCCACACAGUCCAGCAAACCCUGGGUAUUUUGUGGGUCAAAGGAUGAUGUACCCAGGGGCCCCGUAUCCUCAACAGAUGUAUGUUCCUGUUCCAUACCAAGGCUACUAUUCCCCAGUAAUGUACAGACCGUACAUGUCCCCACUGGUUGGAGGAAGGGGCAGGGUUCCAGCCAGACUUGUUUACCCUAGACAGGUUCAAGUGGGUGCCUCCCCUGCAAAAUCAUCAUCUCCUGCAAAAUCUUCAGGCUCUGACGGUGAAAGAGUGGCUAGUCCUGAUAUAACAAGAAACACAGAGUCCCCCCAGGGUCAUGGAUCAAACAAGAAAAGUCACUCCUCGAGGAGUAGGGCCAUGGUGUAUGUUCCUCGGAUACCCGCACCUUAUCCAGCCAUGUAUUAUCCCUACCAGCCUUAUCCUGGAUAUUACUACCUACCCGAGGACCCAAGGUUAGCUCAAACCCAUGCUAGAUACCCAUAUAUUCCACCACAAGUGUUUCCACAUCCUUACCCUGCAGGGCCAUUUAUUGGUCCCUCCAUUAGACCAUCUCAGGCCUCCCCUGAGAAUACUCCUUCACCAGGUGAAAGAAGUCCCAACUCCCAGAGGAGCCAUUCUCUCUCUCCUGGGCCUCAGAGACCCCCAAGAUCACAGUCUCCUGCUCUGUCUCCCAGUUCAGCUGCUGCUAUGGCAGGUGCCCAUUUUCAGUUACUGCCCAAUGUGAAGCAUAUACCAGUACAUUUGUAUACCAAGGCGGGAAGUUCUGGCAGUAACUCUAGGUCAAGCACUCCUUUGGGUGGAAGAGACUCGCCAGCAACUGAUAAGGCAGGUGAGGAAGUGAGAGCUAGCAUGGAUCAUGAAUAUCUGAAGUCUGUUAGUCCAAAACUGGACUUGCAGGAAAGAAGAGCAUCAGCACAGAGUCCUCUUGCUAGAGUGAUUUCACAAAGACAGGGCUACAUCAGGGAGGAGCUAGAAGCCAUGACAUCACACAGUACACAUUACCAGAACAUCAUGGCUGUUAACAGGAGUGGUAGUUCUACAAUGCAGAAUGGGGGAAGUGGAAUGGAGAAAGGCAGAAAUGAUAAGAAACCAUCAAAAUUAGAUCUCCAUUCUGCCACAGGAUUCAGCCGCCAGUUCAGUGAAGACAUCACCACCCCUACAGAAAUCACAAAUUUGGUAAAAAUGAUUGAUGAUAUUGAUGAUCAAGAGGCAAACGAGUUAUCCCACCAAUCGUUUGCUGCACAUAAGAAUACCACUGGACGGUUAUACCUUAAUAUUCCCCAGCAGCAGGACUUAACCAUGGGAGGUUCAGCUUCCUCCUCCCCACCGUCAGGUAGUCCUCCUUUGGGAGAUCAGAAACCCACCUAUGCUGGUGUCCUUAGACGCAGAUUGCCCUCGGCCCAGGGCGAUAUUGAUGCUAGUCUGCUAGAGCCUCAAACGCCUCUUACUCCUCUAGGAUUUACAACACCUGGUACGGAAAUUGACACAGAUCCACUGGGCAUUCUAAGAAACCUGAACAUCAAUUCCUCGGCAGAAAAUCAAAGAACGUACAAGUAUUUCUCCUAAACUUGAGUAUUUGGUUUUCACACACUUUGUGCUAAGUUAGAGUUAUGAAUUGCUGAUAUUAGAACAGAAGUUAGUUGUUUGUCCCAGGAGGACUUUAUUGAGUAGCAAUGAUUAUAGCUGUUACAUUAGUAGUUGUUACAUUAGAUACUAUAGUAUAAAAUCACACCAAUACUGUUAUUGCCUGAGUGGUGAUAUUUAUUUUUGUAUGAAUAAAAAAAAAAAUUCACAUGUUGAAGUGGUGCAUAUUCUAUUCUGUGCUUUGCAGUUUUCUUCCCAACACAUAUCUUAAUUAGAUCUAUGAAUUGGAUAUUAAUGAGUGUUUUAUUUAGAAAAAAUUAAUAAUGAAUGGAUAUUUUUAAUACAUCUGUGUAGUUUAUUAUACUAAAUAGAUGCUUUUUAAAUUUUGAGCAUAGUGUAACAUAAAAUCGAUUUUUCUUAUGUUAAAAAUGGUUUUAAAUCUGUGUCUGUAAAAAUUUUUUUUACUGUUUUAAUAUCUGUGUUGUAAUAUCUGUAACUUUCAAGGAAGUUUGACAUUCAAAUUCUUACUCUGAACUUUAAUUGCAGAAUGUAAACCAAGCAUAAGGAUGUGUAUAGAAUUGGAAAGGGAGGGGGGUUACUUUAAAUUAGGAAGAAUGUUAACAUGAAAAUUUACAUAACACCUUGUUGUCAUGGGAGAACACUCCUACUUCACAGAAAUAGCUGUCCAACUUCCUUUGUUUGCAGAAAUUGUUUGUGGUAUGAAGAUGUUCUAUUCUUUGGAUUUUGAGUAAUAUAUAUAUUUAAUGGAAAUGUAUAUUGCAACCUGAAGUAAACACCAGUGCCAGUGUUAGCUCAUAUAUAAUAUGUUUGUGUAGUUAGGGUUUUUAAAGUUUCAUCCAUUUUUGGAUGGCAGAGUAUAUAAUAUUGAACUUUUUUGUGCAGAUCAUCUAUAACGAUUAGGAAGACAAUUUUUUUUUUAUAGAAAACUGACUGCUUAAGUUUAUUUGUAUUAAAUAAUUUAUUAAUAUUGUUAUUUGAUUGCUGGAAUAAUGUCAUACCCAAGGUGAUUAUAUUAGAUCUAUUUAUUAAAUUUUCAAGAACUGAAAUUUUUUAAGCAACCAAGACUUUUCUUUGUUGGACAAUCAUUGUUGAACAAAUGCCUUCUCACGAGUUAGUAAUUAAUUUAGAGUAUAGUGGACACCUGAGUGAACUUUGUACAAACUGCAAUAUAUCUGUUGAGUUAGACUAUUUGUAUGCUGCUUUGUAAAUGCCUAAUGACUUACAUAGUGCUGUGAUGGCUUAUGGUAUUUAUGUUUUACAUGUGUAACCUGUAUAUAAUAUGCUUUGCACUCAGACUAGUUUCAAUGGGAAAAGUGCAUUCUUUUACUUAUUGUGUAGUGGAACUUUUUUUUUUUGUAAUUGAUACUAUUACUGAAAGAUUGUACAUUGGAGUGCUGUGGUAAGAUGAAGAAAAUUAAGUUUGAUAUUUUGCAAUGGGACUGUUUUCAUGUCCUUCACUGGCUGAGCUAAGCAAUGUACUCGCAGCUAAAUUGCAUCUGCAUUAUUUCAAUGACCUGUUGAAUUUUAUUGUUUUUUAUAUACACUCAAGUAAACGAAAAUAUUAUGAUUAUAAUCUUAGCAGUUACAAGAGCUCUCGACUUUUUUCGUAUUAUUUUGAAAUUGGCCGGGUAGUUACGACUGAUAAUUAGCAGUUUCUAAAUGAUGGAUGUAAUGAUGGCUGGGAACCAGUUUAGUUUUGACUAGUGGAGUUGGACACGCCUCCAUUUAUAUCUUGUAGCACCGUUUCCUUGUAUGGUAUUUGGAAUGUUCAUAUGGUGUGGCAGCCAUUUUCCUGGUUUCUCUACCAACUUCAUGUCAUUCCUGAGACGCUUGCAAAACAACCCUAGGCAUAUGAAGUGAAGUAGGUAGAGGGGGUUAGAGAAAAUGUCCAGACUGUUACACUACGAUAGAACUUAAUAUUUACUCUUCUGUUAGAUAUCGUGUAUUAUUUAUAAUCUAGCUGUGGUAUUAAUCGGAUGUAAUAAACCUGUUAACCUCGCAGUA